AUGUUGAUUGGGAGAAUCGGAUGCAGCUUGUUUCGCCUCAUCAAUGUGCCGAGCUUUCCUCAACAGAUUGUCUCGAGAAGCCGGUUUUCGUUUAACGCGUGGAAUUGCGGGGCUUUGAGGGAAAUGCUUUGGAAUCUGCGGAAUCCCGGAGAGCUUGAUCAUGUCGUUGAGGAAAACUGGCAGAAAGGCUUCAGAAAGGCGUACGUGAGCAACAACGCCAGUGUUGACAACAGGGGACUCGUCUUGUUGUUGAAGACCCGACAGAUCAAAAAGAUGAUCUCGUUGUACGUUGGUUUC